AUGCAGAGAAGUCGGACUAUCUCCGAGCACCAUACGGUCGAGUCGAACCCGUUCACUCUUCCCACCGAUGAGGAAGUCUUCCGCAUGCGCGAGACGGAGAAGCAGCGGAAGGAGGAGGAGAAGAGCAGGAAUUCCCGACUCAAGAUCUACGAUAAAACCACGGCCUCGUCCAAGAUCGGCAAUAUCCGUCGCUUCCGUUCCGACGAUACGCCGACUGGUUUGGAUAACUACUCGGUCUCUCAGUCACGGCGAACUCGGGGUCUCGUGGCCGCGGCGACAGCUACAAUCUCCAAUGACCGUCUUCGAGAGAAGGAAAACAUGGCCGACUUCAUCGCCAAGAAGCGCGAGAUGUUUCUAGUGCAGAUGUCGCUCGACACGAAGCGCGAGGAGAUCCGUAAACUGGAAGAAAAGGCUCAGCUGAAAGAAGAAGCUCUGAAGAAGAGUGAGCUCAUGCUCGAAGAGGAUGCUGUGCGCUUCGACACGUUCCUGAAGGAGAACGACAAGAAGGCGCACGAGGCCAUCAAACGCGCGGAGAAGGAGACAAAGGCCAAGGCCGACAAAGUGCAGGAGAUCAAGAAGCUCAACCAGCAGAUCCAGCUCGUGCAAAGUGACAUGUCCAAGCUUAGCGAGCAGCUCCAAGACUGCCUCCAGUACAAGGCGUUCCUCGACGAGCUCACCCCGCAAGAGUACGAGAUCGAGCAGCGCGACAAGAAACGAGCUCGCCAAAUGGCGCGUCUGCAGAAGCGCAAGGACAAGAUCCUGCGUGAGUGGGAGCUGCAGAAGGCCAAGGCCCUCGCUGAGAUCGAAGAGCGAGAGCGAGCCGAGAAGGAGCGUCCGGACUCGAAGAAUAGCAAGAAGAAGACAGGGGACAAAGCUGUGAAGGUGAAGGAGAUCGUCGUGCCUCCGAUGCCCAACCUCGACAGCAUGCCACUGACCAGCAGUGGAGAGGAGGUCCCAAUGUACUUCCAGAACCCUCAACAACUACUGGACAUCUUCACUGCAUUAGAGGAGAGCAACCUCUUCCUCAUCCAGAACAGCCAAGAAACGGAGCAGACGCUGGAGGAGCUCAAGCAGAACUACCGAGAGACGAAGAAGACGAUGGACCGCAAGACACAAGCGCUCAAGACCAACGUCGACGGACUGCAGCAGCAGAUCAGUCUGGAAGAGAGUAAGGCCAGCCAGUUGAGACUGCGGAGUCAAGGCGGUACGGGCGAGAAUGCGCAGGAGCGGAUGCUGAAGGAACUGCAGGACCGCGUUCUGGAAGUGUACAAGCGUUGUGGGUUUGAGGCUGAGACCAACUCGUCGACGCUUUACAUGCUGACGGACCUGGAGGCUCGUCUGGAGGAUCUAUUGAGUGCAAUUGAGCAAAUGCCCGAGGACUACGUGGCCAAAGCGGAGAAAGAGAAGGAGAAGGAGCGGCGCGAGCGCGUCCGACAAGAGCGAAUCGCCCAGCAGCAGAAAAUGUACGAGGAGCGCAUGAAGAAGUCCAUGGAGAGAAGCAUGCAGGCGCCCAAGAAACGCAAGGGGAGGCAAGUCAUGUGGCGAUCGCAGCCGGCGCGGCACAUCAAGCACGCCGAGGAUGAUAACAAGGUGGACCAAGGCGACGAGGCCGACCACCACCACUUUAUCUGGUGA